AUGUCAGAUUUAGAAACAGAAUUACAAAUUAGUACCGACGAAGAAGGAUUAGAAAAUAAAGUAUCUAAUAAUCUCAAUGACGAUAAGUUAAAAAAAUUAAGAAUCGCGACUGAUUCAUUAGGUGGUCAUGCUGUUAUCGGAGAACUUUCAAAACCAUAUGAUAUCUUGACAAAUACCAUUAUGGAAUUAAUCAAAAAAAAUUACAAUUCAUUUGAUCUAAUUGCAGCUUUAAAGAAAUCACAACAAUUAAUUACCGAUUUGUCAUUUCUUUGGAAUUUACAUAAAUUUAGAACUACUAACAUUAUUAAAAGACGUUUUGAAAGAGUCACAAAAGAAUUUGAUAAAGUUUUAUCAGACUUAAAGUUGGAGAAACCUUUUGAUUUUGUAACACAAAAAAAGAAAGAUUUAAAAGCUGUAGAACAUGAUAUUUCAAUAAUUACUAAGUUUCUUGAAAGAGCUGAAGGAUCUAUAACAGUAUCAAAAUUUCUAGUUAACCCAAUUUUCGAAGAAACCAUAUUAUGGCUGUCAAGUGGUGGUGGCAGUGGUGUUGAAAAAAAGAAGAAAACAAAAAGUAUUUUAGUUGCAUGUAAAAGAUAUGAGCAACAGCCACAAAAAUUUUUUGAUAAUCUUAUUCUACUCCCCAAAUUAAAUAAUUGUCCAAAUAUUUUAAAAUUCUAUGCACUUUCGGUUGUUAAAGAUUGGAAUUAUCACAAUUCAACAAAUUCAAGUAUAACAACAACACAAAAUGUUUUAGAAAAAUCAAAUGAAAAUAAUGAUUCUAAUGAACCUAAAAAAGAUUUUGAUAUAUCAACCGUUGACAUAAAGGCUGCAGCGAUGUCCUGGAAUUCUUUUGCCAAUCCUAACAUAAAGGAUAGAGAUGAUGGUUUGGGUUCAGGCCAAUUACAUCGUCAAGGAAAAAAUUUUAUUCCUAAACAAGAUUAUUAUUAUGACUCAUGUUCAAUGCUUGAUCCAGUAUUAGAACAGAAUUACUCCACUAAUCCAAAACGUGUUGAUAAACAUGAUCGUGGUCAAAUCCUAUUAACAAUAAACGUGGAAUUCGAGGAUGGUCAUACUCAAGCAAUCUGUGUUCAUGUCAACGAUGAACCUGCUGAUUUGGCAAAAGAUUUUUGUGAUUUAUGGGGGGUAACAAACCCGGUGGUAGAACCCGCAUUUGAAGGUUUAAUUAAAGAGGAAAAAGAUAAAAGACUUGGUUCACUUUGA